CCGACUCCGGAACUGUUCAGUGUUAACGGACUCAUAGCCGUCGUCACCGGCGGAGGAACCGGCAUCGGCCUCAUGAUUGCAGCGACGUUGGAACACAACGGCGCCACCGUGUACAUUGCGGGCCGCCGACUCGAGGUUGUCGAAAAGGCUGCGCGCGAAAACAACCGCCACGGGAAUUUGAUCCCCGUCCAGUGCGACGUCACAUCGACCGAGUCCGUGCAGCAGCUAGUCGAGACUGUCAAGUCCCGGCACGGGUUCCUCAACCUGCUCGUCAACAACGCGGGCAUCGCCCGGAACCAGCUUCCCCCAGGGGGUGCCUCAGGGCCAGAGUCCGGGGACAUCAAGGCGUUCCAGAGUGCCCUGUUGAACGCCGGCCCCCGCGAGGACUUUGGUCGGACGUUCGACGUGAACGUUACGGCGGCGUACUACACGACAGUGCAGUUCCUCGAGCUCCUCGAUGCAGGCAACCGCAAACGCAACAUGCCCGGCAUCACAAGCCAGGUCGUCACUAACUUCACGAUCUCGUACACCGUCAGCAAGGCCGCGACGGUGCACCUCGGCAAGCUCCUCUCGAACAUCCUCAAGGGCUGGCAAAUACGGAGCAACGUCAUCGCGCCAGGCAUUUUCCCCUCGGAGAUGUCAGAUGGCCUAGUCUCUGAGGAUGCCAUGAAGCUGGCCGUUCCGCUCGGCCGCCAAGGUGAUAUCAACGAUAUGGGAGGGCUGAUAUUGUACCUUGCGAGUCGGGCGGGGGCCUAUAUCAAUGGCUCGGUGCAGCUGAUCGACGGCGGACGUCUCUCGUUGUUCCCUUCGACAUACUAAAAGAUUCGUACACACUACUUAUCUUGUAUAAAUUAGAGUUGUGGAAUCAUCGAUAGACUUUUG